GGCGGCCGGUCCCGCUGGUCCAUGGUGUGGUCCGCGAGUGGGGUUAUCAUUCGUAAAUUACAGGUGAUCUGCCUGGAAUAAGCGCUUAGUUUUAAACAGGGGUGUUGUUGUCGCUCGUGUCUGUGAAGCGGUGGUGGUCUUGCACUCACUUGGAUUAAGUAUUGGCCUGGAAGCGUGUGGUGUCUAUCGAGGCGCCCGGCGAAGGUGGCAGGUUGUAGUUCUGCGGGUACUACUCUGAACCCACAAGAUGAUGCGACUGUUAGGCCUUUACGGGGUUAUUCCCAAAGGUGCAAGGACCUUCUCGACAUCAAGGAGCUGUGAGAAGCUUCGUGUGGCCAUUAUCGGCCAGAGCACGUUCGCCGGCGAGGUGUACAAGCUGCUGCGGAAGGAUGGCCACACGGUGGUGGGCGUGUUCACCGUGCCCGACCAGGGCUCCCGGGAGGACCCGGUCGCGACCACGGCCGCCGCCGACGGCGUCCCUGUGUUCAAGUUCAAGUCGUGGCGGAAGAAGGGCGUGGCGCUACCCGAGGUGCUGGAGAAGUACAACUCGGUGAACGCCGAGCUGAACGUGCUGCCCUUCUGCAGCCAGUUCAUCCCGAUGGAGGUGAUCAACGCGCCGCGCCACCAGAGCAUCUGCUACCACCCGUCGCUGCUCCCGCGCCAUCGCGGCGCCAGCUCCAUCAACUGGACUCUGAUGUGCGGCGACAAGAAGGCCGGCUUCUCGAUCUUCUGGGCGGAUGACGGCCUCGACACGGGCCCCAUCCUGUCGCAGAAGGCCUGCGACGUCGACCCGGACGACACCGUCGACACGCUCUACAACAAGUUCAUGUACCCCGAGGGUAUCAAGGCCAUGGCGGACGCGGUGAACCGCGUGUCGGCGGGCACGGCGCCGCGCGAGACGCAGCCAGAGGAGGGCGCCACCUAUGAUCCAUUCCUCAACAAGAAGGAGCUGGUGCGGCUGGAGCUGGAACGGCCCGCCGAGGAGAUCCACAACUUUAUCCGCGGCCUGGACAGCUCGCCAGGUGCGUGGAUCGUGAUGGAUGGGCAGGAGACCAAGCUGUACGGAUCGAAGCGGUUCUCGGGCGCGCGGCCCGACGGCACCGAGGUGGCCAUCGAGGGCUGCGACCGCCCGGGCGUCAUCUGCUCCCAUGGCCUGAUCCUCACCGGAUCCGACGGAAAGAUGGUGUCGGUGGCGCGGCUCUCUGUGGCAGGCAAGAUGGUGCAGGCGGCCCGGUACGGCCAGGCGGAGGAGGCGCGUGAGCGGUUGGAGCUGACCGCCGAGGAGCAGGCCCUCUCGGACGCGCUCCGGCGCACCUGGGCCGACAUCCUUAAGAUCGAGGUGGCUGACGAGACCGACUUCUUCGCCGCCGGCGCCGGCAGCAUGGACGUUGUCAGGCUGCUGGAAGAUGUGAAGCAGAGGAGUGGGAUUGAGCUGCAGAACGAGGACGUGUUCAUGGCCUCCAAGUUCGACGACUUUGUCCAGACGGUGGUCUUCGUGUCUCGCGGCGGCAGCCUUAAACCAGAGUUCACUUACGACGCCAUCAAGAUGCACGUCAACAACAUGGAUAUUUCCUUCCCCCAUCAGGUGUUCAUCAAUAACGAGUUCUCCGAGAGCACCACCGGCCGUCAGAUCACGUCCAUCAACCCGGCCGACGAGAAGCCCAUCUGCGACGUGGCGCGGUCGUCUCCGGCGGACGUGGACCGCGCUGUGAAGGCGGCUCACGUGGCGUUCACCGAGGGCGAAUGGGGCAAGAUGAACGCUCGUGACCGGGGCGCGCUCAUGUACAAACUGGCCGACCUCAUGGACCAGCACAAGGAGGAGCUGGCCACCAUCGAGACGAUCGACUCGGGCGCCGUCUACACGCUGGCGCUCAAGACGCACGUGGGCAUGUCGAUCGACACGUGGCGCUACUUCGCCGGCUGGUGCGACAAGAUCCAGGGCAAGACCAUCCCCAUCAACAACGCCCGGCCCAACCACAACCUCACCAUCACCAAGCGCGAGCCGAUCGGCGUGUGCGGUCUAGUGACGCCGUGGAACUACCCACUGAUGAUGCUGUCCUGGAAGAUGGCCGCCUGCCUGGCGGCCGGCAACACGGUGGUGAUCAAGCCGGCCCAGGUGUCGCCACUGACGGCGCUCAAGUUCGCGGAGCUGGCCGUCCACGCCGGCUUUCCGCCCGGCGUCAUCAACGUUGUGCCCGGCUCAGGCGGCGAGUGCGGCCAGGCGAUCGCCGACCACCCGCUGGUGCGCAAACUGGGCUUCACCGGCUCCACCGAGAUUGGCAAGGUCAUCAUGAAGUCGUGCGCCGAGUCCAACCUGAAGAAGGCCUCGCUCGAACUGGGUGGCAAGUCACCGCUGGUCAUCUUCGCCGACGCCGACCUGGACAAGGCCGUCCGCAUGGGCAUGAGCAGUGUGUUCUUCAACAAGGGCGAGAACUGCAUCGCCGCGGGCCGCCUGUUCGUCGAGGAGUCCAUCUACGACGAGUACCUGCGCCGCAUUAUCGAGGAGAUCGGGAAAAUGACCAUCGGCGACCCGCUGGACCGGUCCACGCAGCAUGGGCCGCAGAACCACCGCGCCCACCUCGACAAGCUGCUGGAGUACGUGCAGACGGGCGUGGCCGAGGGUGCCCGGCUGGUGGUCGGAGGUAAGCAGGUGGACAGGCCCGGCCUGUACAUGGAACCCACCGUCUUGGCCGACGUCGAGGACCACAUGUUCGUGGCCAAGGAGGAGUCCUUUGGCCCCAUCAUGGUCCUCUCCAAGUUCGCUGAGGGGGACGUGGAGGGUGUGGUGCGUCGGGCUAAUGAUACCGAGUACGGCCUGGCGUCCGGUGUCUUCACGCGGGACAUCAACAAGGCGCUGUACGUGUCGGACCGGCUGGACGCCGGCACCUGCUUCGUCAACACCUACAACAAGACGGACGUGGCCGCCCCCUUCGGCGGCUUCAAGCAGUCCGGCUUCGGCAAGGACCUCGGCGAGGAGGCUCUCCAGGAAUAUCUCAAGACCAAGACCAUCACGUUCGAGUACUAAUCGCCUGCCCAUGGGGCGGCGCUGCCACCGCAGCCGGGGCUGGGCGGGAUCCCUCCCCUCCCCCGGACUGCUUAGGUCACAACGAGACGUCUCCCUGGUGUCUGCUGCUGUGCUGGGGAGCUGCGCCCGGCUCCCAGGGUGUUACGGGAAAGAUUGAGGGUGUAUCGAGGCGAGGGGAAGGCGGACGCGGCACCUCCAUGGGUGCUCAGCGACGAGCG